GGAGAUUAUAUUCUCUGCCAGGUUGGGACAAGAUGGUGAUCGUCGGUCAGACUCCUGCAAUUCUGCACUGAGUUGAAGACAUCUCUUCAACUCAGUCUUCAAGAGAUGUCUGCAGUACUAGAGCACUUCAUCUAGACUCAGGAAUCGUUGAGCAAUCAGUAUAUGGCUGGAACUCGUUAACCAAGCAAAGUUCACAACAACUUCAAAUCAAUCAUGACAAAUGAUCAACUUGGACGAGAUCUUGCAUUUACGGUUGUUGCGCUUAUGGUCUUAUUUAUAGUGUGGUCGAAGUGGUUGGGGCCAAAAUUUGAUGCCCUUUGCCAUAGAGAUUCUCAACCUCGAUCUGGGUGUUCCAUGGGAUUUCUUCUUCGCAGAAUCGAACGCGGAGUAUGCUGCUCUGAUGAUAUUGAGUCAAACGCGGAAGAAAUCGUGUCAGACUCGGUGGAAAUCGUGCCAAACUCGGAUGAAUCACAGGUCCUCCACGAAACUUCACAUCAACCUGCAGACCUUCCAAGCGACAGAAGCGGACGAGAUAUCGAGACAGCACUGAAUGUUAGUCCUUCAGGCGAAGAAGCAAACAUGGAGAGUAGUGAUCAUUUGGAGGAGAGGAAGAGACUGACAGUGUUGAAUUCUAGAAAAAGCAUUGGUGCUAGUCACACAACACCUAGAAUUUUCCACAGGUCCGUGUCAGCAACCGAGUUACACACGUCUCGUCUGUUACAGAAUACAGACCAUUUUAUUUAUGAGACGUCUGUGACUCCGUUUUAUCAUUCAUGAGGUACACGAGAAACUUGAGAGUUGUGCAGACUUGGAUAUUGAAUCCAAAAGAUCACUGGAGCAAGUAACGCUUGUUUCUUGCUCAAGUAAAUAUAUUAGCAAUAUAUUCUAAAUUUUAAUUGUUGAUAAUAUGUGCUUAGAUUAGUUUUUAUAUUCGAGAUUGUGAAUUUUCACUAUUAUCAGUUUAAUAUAUGUGUGAAUUUUAAACUA